GGGAGGCCGAAAUUUCACACCCAUUUUUUUUUGCUCUGCCCGCUUGGUUAAGCAUACGAAUUAUACGGCAAACACCGCAUAAUUAAUAGAAAAAGUUUUAGCAGUGCACAGUUUGCCAUCACUGUGUGUUGAGCAGCUCACCACGAGAGGUUUUCAUUGGAAAAAGGCUGGUCAGACCAACGGAGCUUGAGGAGAAAGCACGCUAGGCAGAGAGAGAGAGAGAUAUGGCUACUACACCAAUCGCGCCAUCGCCGGGAUCAAAUGUUCCAUCGCCGGUAACGGGGCCAACACCAGGUCAUGGUGGUAGUACGGGCAACGUUGCGCUGAAACCGCUGGCUCAGCAGCCCAUAACGAAGAUUGUAACGUCCAAGGAGUGGGUAUUGCCCCCAAGGCCCAAGCCUGGCAGGAAACCAAGCGCAGACACGCCUGCUACCAAGCGCAAGGCUCAGAACCGAGCUGCGCAGAGGGCCUUUAGGGAGAGAAGGGCAACAAGGGUUGCUGAGCUGGAGGCCAAGCUCAGCGAGGUGGAGAAGGACAAGGAGGUGAAGGAGAUGAACUAUAAGAAUACACUGGGGAAAUUGCAGAUGGAGAACAAGUACCUGAUGAAGGCGCUGAGCGACAUGAAGGCCGACUUUGCAUCUCUGAAGCAGACAGUACAGGCACAAGCAGCCUCAACACCGAACAACAUAUCUUCGAGCAGUGCACCUUCUCCAGCUGUUUACUCCAAUGGGACUGUGAGUGCACCUUCUCCAUUGAACUACUUCAAGCCUUCACAAGGUGUGAAUCAGGAAUACAGAUUCCCUCAGCAACAGCAACAGCAACAGCAACAACAACAAAGACAGCGAUCACAAGGGAAUGGCAUCAUCUCACAGCCUGGUCAAGCAAUCCAGCCGGCUUCAAAUCCGUCACCGACUGAGUCCACACGGUCUCCUAUGGAAUCACAGCCCUCUACAAAGACUUCGCUAUCAAGCGAUCUGGGUGACUGUGGAGCAUGUGAAAAGGAUGAUUGUAUCUGUGCCAAAGUUGGUCUUAGAACUGAACCUCCACGGCUAUCUAUGGAUCAGCAUCAACAGCAACUGAAACAGUUUGAAUCGUUCAAGCCAAUGGCUGCCGUGUCGUUAAAGCGCAAGCAAGAGGACUUUGUCGAAGUUGACUACACAGCCAAGUUUGCAAAGGGCAAACCAAAACCUAUGCCAAAGUUCAAAAGAAUUAAACAAGAGCGACAACAGGCCAACUCGAACGACGAAGAAUCCAGAGAGUUCUCUAAAGUACUCGAAAACAUCACGGAUAGGGACUUUGAAUCUCCAAUGGAGCAAUGUGGAUUUUGUUCUGAUGAUUCUCCCUGCGUUUGUCGUGAGGCUGCUAAAGAAGCUGCAAAUGCAAUCACUGAAUUGCAAAACAGUAGUAGGAAGGCUUCCAUGCAGAUGAUGAAGGCUGAAUCGACUUUACCACCGAUUUCUCGUCACUCGAGUGUUAGUUCGAUAAACAAAUUGCCAGUAUUACACCCUGGUCCCUCUGUGGAGAUUACAAGACCACCGUCGGAACAGCAACCACAACGGCAACAGCAAAGCGAGCCAGGAGAGAAGAAGCUUGGAUGCACAGGUAACCCUGGUACAUGUACACAGUGCCAGUUGGAUCCAAUGUCGACGUUGUUUUGUACAACAAUUGCAUCUAAAGCUGAAGGGGAGGAAACUGGCUCAAACUCCACCACGAAGUCAAGCAUUUCAGAGGAGAACAGAUCACCGGUUUCGCCACCUGUAUCGACACACUCUUCAAAGGUUUCAUCCCCAUUGGUUACAGUACAGGAUGAGGAGCUGAAUUCCAUGGUUCAAAAAGUUGGUGCGAUGUCAUCUGCCAAUGAUGGUGUCAUUUCGAAUCUAAAUGCCAAUUCAACGGAUUCUUCACAGGCAGGGAAGGGGAUAUACAUUCCAUGCGCAGAUGCCUAUAAGACUCUCAGCAGACACAAAGGGUUCCAUUCUGUUGAUUUUAGUACCCUUGUUGGUAAACUGACUACUAGAGGAAUGCAGGUUGAAGUUCAAAGUGUUGCCAAUGUCUUGCGUGAACUGGAUAGACGUUUGUAUAACUGAGUCUUUGCAAGGAGCUGUUGUUGUUUAAUUGGCUGGAACAAUUAGAUUCAAAGGACAUACUGUAUAUUAAAGGGUGUCUCUUUGGGAGGAGAGGAAUGAAGGGUUUACAUAUACUGCAAUUGCAUAUUAGUUC